AUGCCCCCGUCUACCGUUUUCUCGUACUGGCGUCGCGAUCAUCGUCGAACAAGCCCUGCCCCCGGAUCGGUUUCGCCUGGAGCUGUUGCAACGGGAGGAGCAUAUUCGCCAACGACGACCAAUGCCCCGCCGCGUCUGCCAGGAUUACCAGCACCGACAACAUUGAGUGAGACGUUCAUUGAUGCGCACGACUUGCCUGAAUAUGAGCAGCGGCCAGAUUCGGUGGUCUAUCUGGGCGCAGGAGACAAGCGCUUAUCAAGUGCUCUGAGCUCGCAGCAUUCAUAUAAUAACCUUCGAGUACCGUCUACCACGUCAACGGAUAACCUUGUGCGCCCUCAUUCGAGUCCAGGGAACACGGCAAAGAAUGACGAGUCAUUGUUGGCGGUGGACUCGAUUCAGUCGCCGUCGUCGAACGCAUAUGGAGUUCAACCGGAUGUACAGUCGCAGCACAGGUCGAACAAUGGAUCAUGGAGAUUGGGUUUCAAUCGCAAUCAGGCUGAGGAUCACCGAGGUGCAUAUCCUAGGAAGACUGUCGGGAAGGAUCUACGGAUCAAUACGAAUGUCGAUGGCGAGCUUGGGUUCAUUGGAGGGGUUACAUUGAAGGAAUUGAGGACGGAUAGUUACUAUCAUGAGCAACAACAACAAGUACAACCACAGUCACAGCAAGAACAUACGAGCCAGCAGAAGCAUGGUAAGACCAAACGUCAUCUCUUGAAUCCCAUGACUUUACUGGCACGGCGGAGAUCGUCGCAAAAUACUGGAUCACGCGUUGACGAAGGUAGCCUGGGAGGCCGGAAUUUGGUACCUGCAAUUCCAGAUGACUAUGAUCCUCGAAUCCGUGGAAAUAUUGUACACGACUUUUCUGCACCGCGACCACGUCCGCAGUUAGCCGGAAGAGAUGGUAGUGGUGAGUCUGCCAAGAAGAGCAGCUUGCCGUCAAGUGCAGUCACACGGCAUAGCGAGCAUUCACCUGUAUUCAAAGAACAUUUUGAAGAAGAUGGCAAAGUCUUGCAGAUAGAAAAAAAGGGUUUUUUGCAGUCAUCGUUGCUUACUGAUGCUGAUCACGAUAUUGUUGAGUUGCCUGAAUUUGCGCGCAGAUUGCCAUCUAGCUUGCCGGUGCAUGAUAAUCAACAUCAACAGCCUGUUGAGGUCGAAGAUGAGAGUGAUAGUCAAGAUACUAUUUCAGUAACGCCGCAACCUCCAGCUUCCAUUCAGCAAACGCCACGAUCCAGCCCACGGAAAUCAGUUGAAGUGGCACCGAACCAGGCCUCCAGUAUCCCCAUCCGUCUCAAAAGCGAUGCCUCACGAUUCAGCUUCGACAUGAACGGCGUAGGGUCCUCGGUGCAGGAAAAAAUAUUAGAAGAAAAAGGCAAAGAAAAAGAAGCCGCGCGCAAGGAAAAAGCACAACAAGAACGAUCUAGCUUCAGUGACUAUGAUGAUGACGACUUUGACUACGACGCAAUGGAAGAUGAUGACGGGUUCGAGGAGCGAAUACCUGGGAUCAACGCUGAUGCCGAGGAUGAGUACGACGACGAAUUUCAGAAUUUCUCAGGGGUGGUCAGGACUUCUGAGCCAUCUACAUUUGUUCCGAUGCUGCCUACCAUUGCUGCUAGUCCGAUUACGCCUUCUUAUUCGGUGGUGGGUGUGUUUAAUGCUGCUAGUGGCACUCCGCUUGCAAGUGUUAGUGAUGUUCCGGUAGAUAUGACAGCGCCAUUUGAUCUAAACACGUCUUUGGAGGAGGAGGAGGAGGAGGAGGAGGAGGAGGAUGGAUUUGACCAGAGUGACGAUGAAAUUGAAGGAACUGUGGUCAAUACAUUGAAUUUGACAACAACCCUAAGUGGACAGCCGCUUCCACUGAUUGAAGAAGAUGAAGACGACAUGUACUAUGACGAUGGAGAUUUUGGCGAACUACCCGACAACGAAGAAAAUGAUAAGUUUGACGAGUCCAUAUUUGACGAAGAAAGCGGCCAAUUAUACGAACGCAAGUUCUAUCCCGGUACCAAAAUACCAAUUGCUCUGCAAGAAGGGGAUGAGCAGCAGAAUACAGAAUCUCAAAUCCGACAUGUUCCCAGCUUAGCUAGUGAGUUUCGCCCGGAGUCUUGGGAUUUUCGAAACGGGAAUCCUCCAGCAAAAGCCACUGGUGGUGCUAGUGAGAAUACAAAAGCACCUGGUGGUGUGCUUUCUGAACAGAACCUGGAAGCCUUUCACAGUGCCUUGGCUCGAGUUGCGGAUGAGGCUGCUGCGGGUAGCUUGCAACGAAAUACUAGCCUGAGUGAGAAUUCACUCGGCCAGGGAAGUAAUUCGCAGCUGGCAGACUCACAUCCCGGUCUGGUCUUGGAUGAUAACCGUGUGAGCAGCCAGCAUUCGGGAUUCGAUGAUGAGGUUCUCGAUGACUUUAAUUACGAUGACGACGAUGGAUUUGAUGACGAUCUUAUAAUCGCAGAGGCCAACGCAGACGCUUUGGAGAAUGAUGAUGAAGGAUUCUACGGACAAGAAUUUGGUUUCUAUGCACGUUCCAAUACUGAAAACUGCAUCGAUGAGCCGGUUUACGGUGGAUACUUUGGUCCUUCAGGGGCCGGGGGCUUAAAUCGCAGUCACAGUGGCGGCGCAGGUUUUCGUGAACCAAGUUUGACCCCAAUCACCGAACGCAGUGAAUGGAGUACUCGUAACUCGAUCAUUUCCCUAACCACUCAUGGCCCAAGUGCUGUGCAGCAGCCACCGCCGCCGAACCCUGGACUGUCCCAGUUGGUCGAUAUGGAAUACAACGAAGAAGAUAUGUCCCUCGGCGCACUUAUGAAGCUUCGUCGUGGUGCCUUUGGUGGUAGUAACGGCAGUCUCCGCAGUACAGGGAGCUUGUCGCCUCAACCUGGACCUGUCGGUCAUUCGAAUCGAGGCAGUUUUCUCAGUAUCCCUGAAGACAGUCCUGUAGAUUUGACUCCGGACAUGGGAUUUCAACAAAGUUAUGAACAUGGCAGUGGCCUUAGUGGUGUUUACUACCACAACAGUAACAUGAACCAGUCACCCUUGUCAGAGGGCCAGAGUCUACCUGGCAGCCCGACGCUUACGCUUGAUAGGUUGACGGGUGGCGAGAGACGCAGCUCUGUCGGCAAUACCACCUAG